AUGAACUUGAGCAUUGCUAUGCCAGCUAUGGUGAACCACACAGCCCUACCCAGCCAAGCCAAUGCCUCCACAGGAAGUCAUCCCACUGACGCCCAGGACAACUGGAAUGGAACACUAAAGGAAUUUAAGGUGAUUGCACCUGUCUAUGACUGGAAUCCUGAGAUCCAGGGAAUCCUCCUUGGUGCCCUCAGCUAUGGCUCUCUCUUGGCUCCAAUCCCCACUGGCUAUGUGGCCGGGGUGUUUGGGGCCAAGUACGUGGUUGGUGCUGGCCUGUUCAUUUCCUCAGUCCUGACCCUCUUCACUCCGCUGGCAGCUGAUGCUGGGGUAACCUUGUUCUUGGUUCUUCGGAUUUUCCAAGGCAUAGCCCAGGUUAUGGUAUUUACAGGUCAGUUUUCAAUGUGGGUCAAGUGGUCUCCCCCACUGGAAAGGAGUCAACUGAUCACCAUUGCUGCAUCAGGAGGAGUCCUGGGAAGCUUCAUCAUCCUCACUGUUGGAGGUCUCCUCAGCCAGACCAUUGGAUGGCCUUCCAUCUUCUAUAUCUUUGGUGGAAUAGGCUGUGCCUGUACUUUGCUCUGGUUUCCUCUUGUCUACGAUGACCCUGUGAAUCAUCCGUUUAUCAGCCCUGCUGAGAAGGAAUACAUCGUGGCUUCACUGGUUGAACAGGGUGGUUCUCCUGGCUGGUCUGUUCCCCUGAAAGCCAUGGUCAAAUCCCUGCCAUUGUGGGCCAUUUUGGUCACUACAUUUUGUAUAUUCUGGCGUUUUUAUAUCAUCAUGUCAUAUAUACCAACAUACAUCAACACUGUACUUCGAGCUAAUCUCAGAGAUAGUGGGAUCCUGUCAGCCCUGCCAUUUGUUUUUUCCUUUCCUUCCCUUAUCCUUGGAGGUCAACUGGCUGGUUUCCUCCUCUCCAGAAAAAUCCUUACACUCAUCAAUAUCAGGAAGCUCUUCACCACCUUAGGGAUUCUUGUCCCAACUGGACUCCUCUUGUGCCUGCCUUGGGUCACAUCCAGCCAGAGCACCACCAUUAUCUUCUUGGUGCUGAGUUGUGUCUUCGGCAGUCUCUGUGAAGUAGGAGUCCUUAUCAGCAUCGUGGAUAUUGCUCCUCGGUACUGUGCCUUUCUCCAGGGACUAUCACAUGUCUUUUCUUACAUAUCAGGAGCCAUCUCUCCCACCGUUUCUGGAUAUUUGCUAAAUAAGGAUUCAGAAUUUGGUUGGAGAAAUGUCUUCUUGGUUUCUGCUGCUAUAAACAUAGCAGGCCUGGUGUUCUACCUCAUCUUCGGCAAAGCAGAGAUCCAGAACUGGGCCAAGGAAUAG